AUAUUUAAGCUGACUGAACAACAUUUUGCAGAAACUGAUUUUGUUGGACAUCAUGGAGGUAGGCGCGAUUUACCUGCUGUUGUUGGCUUUGUCGGGGAUUUCGUCGACGCUCAGCUUUUAUGGAGAUAGCCUUACUUUCCAGCCUGCACAUAAGCAGAAGGAUGGGACAUACAAGGUGACUUUUCAUUACAGACAGAAUGGCAGAAGCAGCUGUGAUGACAAGUCAUUGUACACAUGUGAGAGCGGGGUUUGCACAAGCUUCGAAGAGUCCAGUGUCCUGCAAACGGACCAGGAUGACACGGGCCAGGGCAGGUGGUGCCAGUCUGAAAUGCACACAACAGCAACCGUCCGGAAUAAUCAAACAUCCUUCUCUCUGAAUCAAUCAGGCUGCUGCUGGGAGUCUAAUGUGGACGGGAAAACAAAUUGGAUUUCUGAGGCAGAGUUGGACUUGGGAAGUCGAUCUGACUCACACGCCUUCAACAGCUGCCCCUUAACAACAACAGUGUCUUAUUUACGGGUGCCUCAGAACUGCUUCUCACCGAUUCAUAUCCUGGCCCACGAUCCCGAUGGAGAUCUUGUGAGAUGUCGCUUUUCUUCAAACGCUGCUGCUCCAGCAAACUUCACUCUCGAUGAGAUGGAAUGCGUACUCAGAACUACAGGUAAAGUGGACAUUGGUGUCCACGUGUUUGAGCUGAUGCUGGAGGACUUCUCAAGUAAAAACAUCACUUUGACCUAUUCAGACGGGACAUCAGUAUUUCGGGAGGGCUCUGACAUGGAAUCCCCCCCUCUCUGCAAAAUGAAGCUGCAGUUCUCCAUGGAGAUUCUUCCUCCACUAUCAAGCUGUGAACGUGGCCGUGUCCAGCCUGUGUUCCUGUCUAAGACUCCUUCACAUGGUGAUGUUGUUCAUGCCACAAUGGGUCAGAAUUUCCAGCUUAAUGCCCAAGCAAAGGCUACAGAUGCCAGCAUAGAGGACUUCCAGGUCAGCGGCCCUCGGAACAUGACCAAAGAGUUCAAUGCUGGUCAGCAUGGAAUAGCUGAAUUGACUCUGAGCUGGACGCCACAGCACAGCGACCUGUACCGAAUCGUCCCAGUCUGCUUCACUGCAGAGACCAAUCAAAGCCAAUCGGAAAUGAGGUGUGUCGUUGUCCUGGUGACCCAAGCAGCUCUCAUUCAAGGGUCAGCCACUGUUACUUGCUCACCAAACAAGAUGGCGGUGGCUCUGGAUAAAGCUUCCAUGCCUGGCAUCGAUGUCAACUUCCUUCAGUUGAGAGACUCGUCAUGCUCUCUCACCUCAAACGGCACUCACAUCCUGGGCGUCAUGUCAUUCAGCACCUGCGGCACCAAACUUCUGGACAAAGGGGACUUUUUGGUUUUCGCAAAUGAGAUCCGGUCCUACGAGCUUCCCAGCGAGGUUAUUAUCCGCAGGAAGGCCGUUAAAAUCGAAAUCUCCUGCCAGUUUCCCAAAACUGUCAGCAUCUCCAGCUAUUACAAUCUACAGAAGUCUGACUACAUUUUCACAGAGUCUAACUUCGGCAGCUUUGGCUACACCUUUGAAAUAUACAAUGACAACAACUUUACAAGUAAGGUGGAAGCCAAAAAAUAUCCAGUGGAGGUCCAGCUGUUGGAUACAAUUUAUAUGGGCAUUCAGGCCGAAUCAGAUCUACCAAGCGUGACAUUGUUUGUCGAAUCCUGCAAAGCCAUUCCUAAUAACAACCCCGAAAACGUCAUCUUCUAUGACCUCAUCAAGAACGGGUGUGUUAAGGAUGAGACACUUGUGGUCUACCCAUCCAAUCAAAAAACAUACAACUUUGAGGUUCAAGCCUUCAAAUUCAAUGGAAACUAUGACCAGGUGUACAUCACCUGUUCCGUCAUCCUGUGUGAGCCCGGGACUCCCUAUUCAAGAUGUGCCCAGGGUUGUCUGUCAGAUCCAUCCCGCAGACGCAAGCGAUCGCUUGUCAAGGAGACAGUCAGCCACUCAAUUACCCAGGGUCCUUUGCGGUUUAUUGGGCAUCCUGAUCCCAGUGCAGCCAUGGAUCAUAACCUUGUUGUGAUUAAAAAGAGGCCAGACAUGGAUGUUAAACCUGUUGUGAUGCAACAGAGUCGCCGAACUGCUGAAGUGAUUCUACCAUCAGUUUUUCUGGAAGACACCAAAUCCAGCCCAGAAAGUUGGGGAAUCAAGGAGAUCCUCAGCGCCAACACCAGCACCUUGGUCUUUGCCAGCGCCUUCCUUGUAUCCCUGGUAAUGUUAGUUGGGGUUGUUGUUUACUUCACAAGGAAGAGAAAUGAAGAAGACCACAACUCUCUCUUAAGUUCUGGCUAUGAUAACUAAACCCAACUAAUCUCAGUUCUACACUGCAUGUUACUCCUUUAUUUUGUUUUAGAAUAGAUCCUUUAAAGGCUUGUCUCUUAUGAUAUAAAAUACUCAAACACAUUACAUUAAUUCAUCAUUCCUCCUGAUCAUACUGGCCAUAAAAAGAUUGUAACAAAAAGAGAUACAAAUAUUUAUUAUUCAUGAAUACUUAUCUGAAGUUAAUUGUGGCUUCAAAAGUCUAAUUUUCACUGAUCUAAAGUUGUUUACUGGGAGAGCAACAUUAAUGACAUUUUGCACUAAAAAACACAAGCCACUUCGAUACUUCCUUGAUAUGUCUGACACUUAAGGCUAAAGGGAUAUCAGGAAUUCAUCUCUAAAAGGCUCAAAUGAAAUAGCCAAUGUAGGUAAGCCAUGUGACAAUGUCUUUCGUUUUACAUACCACAGUUGAUUGAAAAUUGCAACCUUAUCCUUUAAAGAGUUACUCUUUUGAGGAUGAUUAAAAAUAGAAUAGAACACCAUUUUGGUCGUUGCACAAUUAGCUAUCUCGUUAUCUCUUGCACCUGUGUUGCCGGUCUUCCACCACACCCACAUUCUUCUCCAAACCAGUUUAAGGGUAGUUAUACAACCGGAAAAUAUGUUGACUGUUGUCAUAACAAAAUUCCAUUCGGUCUGGUUUUGCUGGAUUUUUCAUGGAUCAACUUCAUGGAAAAAGGUUUCCAGCAAUUGAUCUCAGAUGUUUGAGACUUUGUUUGGUUGAGUAAGAAAUAGUAGGAAUGCUUACUGAAUGUGUGUGAAUUUGAGAUUUCAUGUAUUUGACUUGUUUAGGACCCCAAAAAAAAUCUACCCUCGUAUAUUUUACAUCAACUUGAAGUACAUUAUAGACUUGUCACACAUAUUUACUGUAGUUGAUGUACAUUCAAUACUAGUUUUUUAGACUUAGGCACAUUUGGAUCAAGAUUCGCCUUUAAAAAUACAAAACAAAUGAACCAAAAAAAGUGUAACCAUCUUAAGCUUGAUGAUGUAUAUGACAUACAGUUCUAAUGAGAUGAUUUUUCAUAAACAUUUAAAUUCUGUCAGUGAACUAUCUCUAUAUACCAAUACAGUUAUAUCUUUAAUGGUGAAAUUAUGUUUGUGUAAUCAAAAUGGGCUUUUAUUUACAAUAAAAGGGGAAAACUACAUUAUAUUGACAUUUCUUUUGAAUAAUUACUGAAAUCGCAUAGUAAACACAACAAUGUGUUUAUUUUGUGUAUGUGCUCACAAUGACAAGUUGAUGUUGAGCAGAUUUGAUGUCCAACAUGUUCAACAUUUGAGUUGAGACAGUUAUCGUGGAUAAGUUUGCUGAAUUGCAUUCAAUGCAAAGUAACGAUUGUGCUGGGAAUUUCAUAAAAUAAAAUAAUUUAGCUGAUAAAGGCACUAGAUUAAAAUUGACGAAUCAGGAUUACUUGGACAUAUGAGAAAAGGCAACAACCUCUAAGUAUGAAAUGCAAAGCCAAUGCGAAAAUACCUUGAACUUGUAUUUUUGUAAUAUCUAGCAGGGGCGACUAAUGUUUGCAAAAAGAAGGUGACUGUAUAGAAGUCUAUGCAGUCACUCAAUUGAUUUAUUAAUUUAGCAAAAAUGUCCUAAAAAGUGUAUGGUUCUUAAUUGCUAGGUCUUAUUCAAUAAAGCAAGAUGUUUUUU